UAUGGCUUACUUCAACAUGAUUUUAAGGAUGCUCAUAAAAAAACGUAAGACCACAUCCUACUAUGUGCAAAACAAUGGCUGUAAUUCUAUUCAUGUUCAUUCUCAGUGUUGUUUCACAGAACUUACUGUACAUGAUGCCACCUACAGUUGCUCUCUCUUUGAGUUCAGAGAGUGACAAGCUGGCUUUACUUGCUUUGAAGCAUGAGCUUACCAAUGGAGUCGCCAAUGCUCUUCCAUCGUGGAAUAACUCUUUACAUUUCUGUGAGUGGCAGGGUGUUACAUGCGGACAUCGCCACAUGAGAGUCUCUGUCUCGCACUUGGAAAAUCAAACAUGGGGUGGCACUCUUGGACCAUCUUUGGGAAAUCUAAGCUUCCUCACAACCCUCAUUCUUUACAACAUCAACUUGUAUGGGGAAAUUCCCACACAAAUUGGACAACUAAAGAGGUUGCAGCUUCUUGAUUUGAGCCUCAACAACCUAAAUGGUCAGAUUCCUAUACACCUUACCAACUGCUCUAAACUUGAGGCCAUUGGCUUGUUGGAAAAUAAACUCACUGGAAAAGUUCCCUCCUGGUUUGGAAGUGGAUCCAUGACACGGCUAAAAACGUUGUUUCUUGGUACCAAUGAUCUAGUUGGUACCAUCCCACCUUCCUUGGGGAAUCUUUCAUCCCUUCAAUAUAUCUCAGUUAAAGGAAAUCAUUUGGUGGGAAGUAUACCACAUGUUUUGGGUCAAUUAUCAAAUUUGAAAAGACUGGAUCUUGGUUUAAAUAGUUUGUCAGGAGUAGUCCCUUAUUCUCUUUAUAAUCUUUCCAGUAUUCAAAGUUUUGCUCUCGAUGCAAACCAGUUAUCUGGGACUUUUCCGUCAAAAAUGCAACUUGUUUUUCCAAACCUUAGAGCAUUCUUGGUUGGAGGGAACCAGUUCAAUGGAACUUUCCCGUCUUCAGUAUUCAACAUCACUGGAUUGGAAAGGUUUGAUAUCUCCUCGAAUGGUUUUAGUGGCUCAAUUCCUCCCACUCUGGGAACCUUAAAUAAACUUCAGCUGUUUCACAUUGCUUACAAUAGUUUUGGAAGUGGGAGGGCUCGUGAUUUGGAUUUCCUUUCAUCAUUUACAAAUUGUACUCAUUUGCGCAUACUUAUUUUGGAUGGCAAUGGAUUUGGUGGUGAGGUGCCACGUCUUAUCGGCAAUUUUUCUACCAACCUGAAUAUUCUUAGUACGGGGUCGAAUCAAAUAUCUGGAACGAUACCUGAAGGAAUUUGGCAGCUAAUCAGUUUGGCCGAUAUCACCAUGGAAAAUAAUUAUCUAGUGGGAACUGUUCCAGAUUCAAUUGUAAGGCUUAAAAAUCUAGUACGAUUAAACCUAGGAGAAAACAAAUUGUCUGGUAAUAUUCCUACUGCCAUUGGCAAUCUUACUAUGCUGUCUGAACUUUAUCUGUACAGAAACAGAUUCGUUGGACACAUUCCAUUAAGCCUUAAAUACUGCAUGCGAAUGCAGUCAAUUGGUGUUUCCACCAACAACUUGAAUGGGGAUAUCCCUAAUCAAACCUUUGGCAAUUUGGAAGAUUUGACAAAGCUUGACUUAUCCUACCAUUCUUUCACUGGUUCCAUCCCUUCAGACUUUGGAAACUUGAAGCACCUUUCCGGUUUGUAUCUUCGUGGAAACAAAUUGUCUGGUGAAUUACCCCAAGAGCUUGGCGCUUGUUACGGGUUAACAGAGCUUGCAUUGGAGAGUAACUUCUUCCGCGGAAGCAUACCGUCGUUCUUGGGCUCUUUAGGAUCCCUUGAAUUCCUAGACCUUUCUAACAAUAACUUCUCAAGCACAAUCCCUGUUGAACUACAAAAGUUGAGUUAUUUGAAUACUUUGAACUUGUCUUUUAACCAUCUUUGUGGUGAGGUUCCCACAGGAGGUGUCUUUAAUAAUGUUACAGCAAUUUCACUCAUUGGAAAUAAGGAUCUCUGUGGUGGCAUACCUCAACUGAAGCUUCCUGCAUGCUCUAAGUUGUCCUCAAAGAAACACAAGUGGUCUUUUAAAACGAAACUCAUCCUCAUCAUUGCAAUUGUCGUUGGAGUGGGUGUGGUUACUUCAACACUGUUUAUCAGCAUCUAUUUGUUCAGAAAAAGGCCCAUAACACCCAAAACACCAUCGACUUCAUGUUCUCGUAAAAACAAGUACGUGAAGGUUUCUUAUGGAGAUCUGCAUAAAGCAACCAAUGGAUUUUCUUCAUCCAAUUUGGUAGGUUCGGGAGGCUUUGGUUCUGUAUAUAGUGGAUCUCUUCUCCCUUUCGAAACACCUAUUGCUGUGAAGGUAUUGAAUCUUGAAAGAGGUGGUGCAUCAAAGAGUUUCGCAGCUGAGUGCAAGGCUCUAGGAAGGAUCAUGCAUCGGAAUCUUGUCAACAUCUUGACUUGUUGUUCAAGUAUUGAUUAUAACGGUAAAGAUUUCAAGGCUAUAGUUUUCGAGUUCAUGCCUAAUGGCACUCUAGAAAGUUUGCUGCACGACAAAGUAGAGCCCAAAUCUAAAAAUUUGAGUCUCAACCUUGAUCUUGUGGUAAAUAUUGCUCUUGACGUUGCUAAUGCAUUGGAUUAUCUUCAUCAUGAUUCUGAGGAAGCUGUGGUUCACUGUGAUAUUAAGCCAAGCAACGUUCUUCUUGAUGAUGACAUGGUUGCUCACUUGGGUGAUUUUGGGUUAGCAAGACUCCUUCAUGUGGCGACGGGACAUUCCAGCAGAGAUGAGGUUAGUUCCUCUGCAAUUAGAGGAACCUUUGGAUAUAUUCCACCAGAGUACGGAACAGGUUGCCGAGUAUCAGCUAAAGGAGAUAUGUACAGUUACGGAAUUCUUGUGCUGGAGAUGCUGACAGGAAGGAAACCAACAGAUUCAAUGUUUGGUGAGGGUGUAAGCCUACACAAAUUCUGCGAAAUGGCAAUUCCAGAAGGAAUCACUGAGAUAGUAGAUUCACGUUUGCUUGUGCCAACUGCUGCAGAAGGAAGAAAGGUUAUGGAAAGCAAAAUUAGGGAGUAUUUGGUUGCUUUAGCUAGGAUUGGAGUUGGAUGUUCUGCAGAAUUACCUGUUGAGCGAAUGGACAUGAAAGAUGUGGUAUUGGAGCUGCACACAAUCAAACAGAGUCUGUCACUGACUCAUUAGUUGCAAGUUUUUAAGUCUUAAGUCAAUCACUACUAUGUUUUCUUUCACCUGUUACUGUCUUUUCAACCUUUUCAGUUUCUACUUAGUGGUGUAAAUUGCUGCGCAAUAAUGGAAAAGGUUUGGGAAAAAAGACCCUGGCACCGAAAAUAUUUAUGUAUGUGCUUCCUAAAAGCCAAAAAUCAUGCUGAAUAAAAAUAUGUAUCUUUUUCA